AUGAGGAUGAUAAGUGAUAAGCAUGACUUCAGUGACCAUAUUUGGGAGUCCGAAGAGACAGCGGAGUUUUCUUUUGGGGUUCAUGACAAACAAAGAGAGGAUAAUGACGUAUCUGAGAAUGACGAAGUAGUUCAGAAUGCCGAACAUGGUCCAAAGAAUGGUGAAGAAGAUGGGAGAGAUGAUGACUUUUUAACUCCAAAAGAAACGACGAGCACAAGCUCCGGAGGUAGAAAGGGAAAGAAGAGGCUCCCGGAUCAUGGAAUGGAAAGAAGGAAGCAAAAGGUUCUCUCUACUCGACCAAAAGAUCCUUCUCCGUUUAAUGAGGAUAUGAAGAGCUUUGUGGCGAAUUUGUUUCAGCAGAAAUUUUCGGCAAUGGAAGAGAGGCUACAGAAACAGAUGGGUGAAAGGUUUGAGAAAAUGCAUUCUGAGCUUAAAGUUUCCUUUAAGGAUGCAGCCGUGGAAGUUGAGCCAUCUCCUAGCAAGUCAUCUCCUACCAAGCCAUCUCCUAGCAAGCCAUCUCCUAGCAAGCCAUAUCCUACCAAGCCAUCUCCUACCAAGUCAUCUUUUAGCAACCUAACUCCUAGCAAGCCAAUGUCUACCAAACCCUCAACGAACAAGACAAUGUCUACCAUGCCAUCGUCGAGGAGGUCCACUCGCUUGGAUGACAAUAUCAGUGAAGCAGAAGAUAUGGACAUUGGGAUAGAUAUGCAAGGACUAGAAGAACUUUCUCAGGUUUCGAACGUGCCAGGUUUUGAUCCAUCGCAGACUAAUAAGGACAUGGAACCAUGUGAUUGGUGGACUCUGAUGAGUACAGUCCAGAAAAUAAUGGUCGAACCAAUGCAAGAAAAUAAAACUCCACCGCCGACCAAGUGGAAUAAAUGGCAAAGGAAACUUGAGCUUAGUGACUCACCCAUGCCGUCUGAUGGUUCUCCACAGUCUUCACUGUAUUGGUUCAACGAAGAAUCAUGGGAUAGAUUCACUGAAUAG